AUCAAAUUAAAUAUACAGUAUAUAGGCCUAUACCGGUAUAUUUUUCUAACGAGGCCGUAUUCUAGUUUAAUCUGUUUGUCAUUGUGGUUUGAUUAGGCUAAUUGAAUCCAAUAAUGAGUAAAAGACAGUUGCUGUUGCUUUCCAAUAGUACAAUGCAUGGGUCUGGAUACUUAGAGUAUGCUUCAGAUGAAAUCAAAUCUUUGAUGUCAAGAAAUAAUGUUAGUAAAGUAUUAUUUAUACCCUACGCACUCCAUGACAAAGACUCUUAUGAACACAAAGCAAGGAAAGGGUUUGCGAAAUUAGGUUUUGCCCUAGAGAGUAUUCACAGGUCCAAUGAUCCUGUAGAGGCUGUUAAUCAGGCAGAGGCAAUAUUUGUUGGUGGAGGAAAUACUUUCAGACUUCUCAGAGCGUUAUAUGACAACAAACUCAUUGAUUCAAUAAGAAAUGUGGUAUUGCAGCAAGGAACUCCCUACAUGGGGGCGAGCGCAGGGACCAAUGUGGCAACAGUCAAUAUCUGUACGACCAAUGACAUGCCUAUUGUCUAUCCUCAGUCUUUCAACGCACUCAACCUGGUCCCGUUUAACAUCAACCCUCACUACAUUGAGCCUGAAGCCAAUUCCACACAUAUGGGGGAGACGAGAGAGGAGAGAAUAAAGCAGUAUUUUGAGGAAGAAGAACAUUAUCCAGUGUUGGGCCUGAAGGAAGGUUCCAUCUUGGAAGUGGACGGAGACAAAGCCUUCAUCAGAGGACUGUCUCAGCCAGCCAAGUUGUUCACCAAGGAUAACAAACCUCAAGAAUACCCUGUUGGAGCAGAUGUCAGCUUCCUGUUAAAAGGUGUGAAAAACUAAUUUUGUGAAAAAUAUCAAAUCUAAUGUAACGGGACUCAAACUUUAAUAUUUAUGGGUUGUUUAUAAGGUAAGAUUAAAUUGAGAUACUGUUUUCAUGGUGCACUUUUAAUAAGCACAUACCAAAAGUGUAUUCAUAAUAAACCUAUAAGUAAGCAUAUAGAAAUGUAAUAAAUAAAAUG